GUCGGUGCGCAGCCAUGUGCACUUGAACUAGGGGGCGGCCAACACGUUGUGACUUGCAGGGCAGCCCUGGGGAGGAGGGCUGGAACAAGCCCUGGUUCCUGGCCUUGCCCUUUCUUUCAGGUCCUUUGCCCUGCCUCAGUUUCCUGCAUACAGCAGGCUCCCAAGUCACCACAGUCCUCUCCUUAAGAUUUACCCUCCGUCUGCUCAGGCCCCGAAGUUGUCCCCUCUCCACUCUGAGAUACACAAAGUGGACCUUGGCUCAUCACAGGAUCAUGCUGAGGGGGUGGGGGAGAGGACAGGGACUGAGCCAGCCCUGAGAGCUGGGGGGGCGGGCAGCAAGCCAGGCUUGUCUGCAAGUGGGAGACCUGGCAGUACCCACAGAGUGACUCACCUUGGCACGGACACAAUGGUCAGGACGGGCACACAGCCUGCUGCCCACUGCACCCCAAUUCCCCUCACAUGCUUUCUGAGAAGGGCACUUGCAGCGGGGGGGGGGGGGACUCACUCUGCCCCUGGGGGCCUGACAGCCUGACAUCUCAGAAUAAAAGUGGCUCAGCCCCCUGGGGGCUGUGCUCACUGAAUGGCGCCCUCCCUGGCGCCAGCGAACAAGGCUCUGUUCAGCCAGUGCCCAGAAGAAGGGGCAGAGACCCAGGCAAGGCCAGAGGUGGCUGAGAGCUGGGGGGAGAGAGGGGAGGAGGAAGAAUUAUCUGCUUCCCAGAAGUCCCAGGACCCAUAGGGCUGAGGGAACCAGUGGUGGGGUGGGUGGCCCUGGAGCCGCAAGGUCCCAGGCUCCUGGCGGGACUCUGCAGCUUGAGGUACCCAAAGCCACACAGCCCCGGAGGCCUUUCCCACUUUCCCUGCCUGACGUGUGGGGACUUGAAGGAGAUAAAUCUCAAGUGGGAGAGCAAGGGCUACCAGGGGAACUGCAACAAAGGGUGCAAUGGGCCCAGCCAGCUCAUUCAUAACCACUUUGUGGAGCUGUCACAGCCUGGGGUCUGGGUAGGCCAGGCAAGGAGGGUGAGCUGUCAGAGACCCCUUCUCAAGCACUCCAUGCUCCCUCACUGGUCUGCCUACUGCAAGAGGGAGACCUCAGCUUACUCUGCAAAGACACGUUCCUGGCUGGGACCACCAGCAACACACAGAGGGCAGGAACAUGGGGGCGGUUGCUGUGCUCAGAAGGAGCACACCAGGGGACUGCUGGGAGUGGGCCAUUUCCCAGCUAGCAUGGGCUGGUUUGCACUUCCCUGAACUCCCAGCCCCAGGCUGGCCCUGAAGGAAGUACUGAGAGAGAAAAGACCUGGGCAUGGGAAAAAGGGCUGACAGGUGAGUCAUUCCUACCCUUUUCUGCCAAGAGUCAGGGUCUCCCCACUCCUAGGGUCAGGGCCGGGACCCACCACCCAGCCAGGAAGCCUGCAGAUAGGCUGUGGCCCAGCCCCACCCCCUCAGGCCAUGCCAGGGGGCGUUGCUAAGUCAACUGGGCAGUACCCACCCCCAACUACUCCUCCAUAAAGUCUGUGGCCCAGGAGCCUGCAGAACCAGCCAGGAUGGAGCGUAGACGUACCACCUCCCUUGCUCGCCGUUCCUACACCUCCUCCGCGGCUGAGAUGGUGUUUGGGGCUCUGGCUCCUGGGCGCCGCCAGGGGUCCGGUGCCCGCCUUUCCCUGGCCCGAAUGCCUGCUUCACUCCCGGCCCGGGUGGACUUCUCCCUGGCUGGGGCACUCAAUGCCGGCUUCAAGGAGACCCGGGCCAGUGAGCGCGCUGAGAUGAUGGAGCUCAAUGACCGCUUUGCCAGCUACAUCGAGAAGGUUCGCUUCCUGGAGCAGCAGAACAAGGCGUUGGCGGCAGAGCUCAACCAGUUGCGGGCCAAGGAGCCCACCAAACUUGCCGAUGUCUAUCAGGCUGAGCUGCGGGAGCUGCGGUUGCGGCUCGAUCAGCUCACGUCCAGCAGCGCUCGGCUGGAGGUGGAGCGGGACAAUCUGGUGCAGGACCUGUGCACCCUGAAACAGAAGCUCCAGGAUGAAACCCAUCUGAGGCUGGAGGCUGAGAACAACCUGGCCACCUACAGACAGGAAGCGGAUGAAGCUGCCCUGGGCCGCCUGGACCUGGAGAGGAAAGUUGAGUCGCUGGAGGAAGAGCUCCGAUUCCUGGGAAAGAUUCAUGAGGAGGAGAUACGGGAACUGCAGGAGCAGCUAGCCCGCCAGCAGGUGCACGUGGAGUUGGACGUGGCUAAGCCUGACCUCACAGCAGCCUUGAGGGAGAUCCGCACACAGUAUGAGGCCGUGGCAUCCAGCAACAUGCACGAGGCAGAGGAGUGGUACCGUUCCAAGUUCGCCGACCUGACCGACGCUGCUGCCCGCAACGCGGAGCUGCUCCGCCAGACCAAGCACGAGGCCAAUGACUACCGGCGCCAACUUCAAGCCUUGACCUGCGACCUGGAGUCCCUGCGGGGCACAAAUGAGUCCCUGGAGAGGCAGAUGCGCGAGCAGGAGGAGCGUCACGCCCGGGAGGUGGCGGGUUACCAGGAAGCACUGGCCCGGCUGGAGGAAGAGGGGCAGAGCCUCAAGGACGAGAUGGCCCGCCACCUGCAGGAGUACCAGGACCUGCUCAACGUCAAGCUGGCCCUGGACAUCGAGAUCGCCACCUACAGGAAGUUGCUGGAGGGCGAGGAGAACCGCAUUACCAUUCCUGUGCAGACCUUCUCCAACCUGCAGAUCCGAGGGGGCCACAGCAGCAAAGAAGGGGAAAGUCACCAGGUCACGAGACAGCUCAAAAGCCUCACCAUACGGGUUGUCCCAAUACAGGCUCACCAGAUUGUAAUUGGAGCCCCGCCGGCUCUCGAAACCAGCCUGGACACCAAGUCCGUAUCCGAAGGCCACCUCAAACGGAACAUCGUGGUGAAGACUGUGGAGAUGCGGGAUGGAGAGGUCAUCAAAGAAUCCAAGCAGGAGCACAAGGAGGGAUGAGGGAGGUGUGGCCCAUGGCUGGCCCUGCCCUGCAGAGGAGGGGCCUGCAGCAGGAGCAAGAUGGCCGCCUUUCUCCUCCCUUAGCCCAGUUCUCCUGGAUCUGCACGCCAUCUGCCACUCCCAUGCUAGCUUGCCACCCCAGGCUCCAUUGGCAGCCGUAGUUCAGCCGGAUGGCAUCCACCCUGCACCCAGCAACUACAACUAACAGGGCCCAGUGUGGAGGGGCAUGGCCAGCAGCCAGGGCACAAGUAGGGGGGAAAGGGAGACGUGGGGUGGGGAGUGGAAGAACCUGAUCAAGCUCAUCCUGGAUGCCUGUCGUGAUGCCGUUGCCAGAGCGAGAGUCCUUCCAGGCCUUCGGGUUCCUUUAGGCUGUUGGAGUAAAACCCAGUUUGGGAAGUCCCUGCAGGCCAGGGAGCCUGGAGAGGAGCUGGUUGCUGUUCUUCUUGCUUGGCCUUGGUUAGACUGAGAGUGGAUGGGGCCAGCUUGCCACCCCGGGACCCCCGAAAUGGUGAUUCCCGAGUCUCAGCCACCAUGUGGGAGCUUGGUUGUCAGCAUUUGGGGGGUCUACAGUGAAGUGGAGAGGGAAGGUGUGCUAGGUGUGGGUAGAGAGGUCAAACCCAUGAGGCUGUCCCCGACACUCCAUACAGACUGGGUAUG